AGACAUUCUGGACAAACUUGCUUCAACCAUUUAUGGUUUCAAGGCUUAUCCAUGUGACAAAGAAAUUGCACAAGUAGCUGAAGCUUUAGUAACCAAACAUCCCUGCCUGAAGGAAGCUGGAUCAGAGACAGGCUGGAAUGGGUGGAAGAACAGCAUUAAGUUUAAACUUGGUAAUUACAGACAGAAGCUGAGAAAAGUAGGAUGUUUGGAAGUGAGUGUCAAUGCUGGCAAAAGAAGUCAAAGCAAUCCAAAAAAUGAACCAUCAUAUUCAAACAUAAAGAGACCAAAGCGUGCAGAAGUCAAUUUUUUACCCAACUUUCCUCUGGGAGAGAAUCAAGCAAGCCUUGAUAAUAUGAGAGGAAAUUGCAGAAGAGAUGAAAAAGACAGAAAAAAGCACAAGCUUCAUAAAUGCAAAGAUGCAGACAACCAUUGCCUUACGACGACAGAUUAUAGUGACCACCAGCGCACCAGUGAAGCAGUUCCUUGAUCAGUGGCCUGCUCUGCGUAUGGAGACUGAGGUGUUUGCAGAGUUCCAACGGAUAACAAAUCAGAAUUUGCCCAACAAAUUCUAUUCUGAGCUGGAUCGCCACACACCUCGUUUGAUGACCAUGUACCGACAGAAAGCAUCAAAGACUGGACAAUUUGCAGAUGUGCUUGCUAACAUUUUGAAGGUCCAUGAUGAACAGGAACUGCAUGAUAUCCACACAAGGCGUACCACUGUGAUUCAUGCCCUUCCUGUUUUGCUUCGUGAAGACACCUCUAAUUUUUUCAGAACAUGCAAGCUGGAGGACGAGGCAGAAUUUGGGGAUGCACCAGUGGCUCUGCUUACAGUUGUGAGGGACAACAUACAAGAUCUCAUUCACUACAACCCAGAGACAAUCUCCAUUAUACAGGAAAGCAAUGGAGUGACCAACCUUUGCAGGCUUGCAGAUGCUUUUCUUGUUUUGUUUGGCUUAAUUUAUGCCCUCCACCUCAGUUAUCUUAAAGGCCUGACAAACACGUUUGAAUUUGUACAAAAAAUCUUGCUUGGACUAGAGGAUGGAAAACUUUCACCAAGGUUGGAGACCCUAAAAAAUGACCUAUUCAUGUAGACAGGGCUAACAAACAGCAAAUGCAGCUGGAAGUUUUGAUGGUUACGUUUUUGAUUGCACUGUUACAUGUGACUUUUCUGCUGAUGGCCACUUGUAUUCUGUUCUGAGGACACAAUACAUUUUUAGUUUUUUUUAAUUUUAUUUUAUUUACAUUUAAGAAAAAUGCAGAUUCAGAGCUUCAAGUCAUGUUUGAUUUUUUUCUUCUCUCUUUAUUUAUUUAUUUUUUGCUGUUGGCCAGUAGAUUUUUUUUUUGUUUCUGGGCACAAUUCAAUUUGUAUUUAAUUUGAAGAGUGUGAUGUUUAAAAGGACUGGUGGAAGCUCAAGACUAUUUAAGCUGAAUAUUUUAUUUAUUUAAUUUUAAUUUAGAGGAUAAUAAGUUUCAGAGCUUUACUGGUUAAUUACUUAUUUGUCUUUGAUUCUUUGUCAUGUUUUCUUGCUGCUGGCAAGUACAGUUUAUGUUUUUAGACUUUAUACUAUAUUGUACUUGCCAUGAAUCAGGUCUCCUGUGGAUUUAUGUGGAAGGCGACAAUA